UGUCGUCACAUCCGCUCUCCCUCUGGCAGCCAUCUUGCCACCUGCCUCGUGUCUGGGAAUCCGGUAACGGACAGACGGGACCCACCGGACACGCUCAAGAUGAAAGAAAUUACCAUGAAUCCAGAAAAAUUAGCAAAGCUGCAAGCACAAGUGCGCAUUGGUGGAAAGGGUACUGCCCGCAGAAAGAAGAAGGUUGUCCACAGAACAGCAACAGCAGAUGACAAAAAGCUCCAAUUUUCUUUAAAAAAGCUUGGUGUGAAUAACAUUUCUGGCAUUGAAGAGGUGAACAUGUUCACAAACCAGGGAACAGUUAUCCAUUUCAAUAAUCCGAAAGUUCAAGCUUCACUUGCUGCAAAUACAUUUACGAUCACAGGGCAUGCGGAGACUAAGCAGCUGACUGAGAUGUUGCCCAGUAUCCUGAAUCAACUUGGAGCUGAUAGUUUGACCAGCUUGAGGCGGCUGGCAGAGUCACUGCCUAAACAACCUGUGGACAGCAAAGCACCACUUGCUUCUGGUGAAGAGGAUGAUGAUGAAGUUCCAGAUCUAGUUGAAAAUUUUGAUGAAGCUUCAAAGAACGAAGCAAGUUGAACAGAAGUUGACAUCUGAAGAUGAUGCAAACUUGAACUGGCUUUGGGGAGUUGCCCUUUGUAUUAGUACUUUUUCUUUUGUAAUCUUGCAUUUUAUUUUAUUGUGGUAUUUCAUGGUUUUGCAAUCAUUUGGUGGCAGACUUAUUCUGUUUUUUAAACCAUGGCAGCUCUUCUAAUACUGAGUUGUAUGAAUGGAAUGUUUACUAACUUUGCAGCUUGAUUAAAACGAAAUGAGUCGAACUGAAUCUAGCACUGUGGAUUGGAAGUAAAGGAGAGAAGUGUCUCUUUUGGUGUAUUUAAUUACGGAUUGUAGCAAUGUUUGAGUAAGACAAAGCUAGAAAAACUUAUGGGAAUUUAAAUAUUUAAUUUUUGAUCUGGUUCACAUUUCUAAGCUGACUACAGAAAUAUGGAUGACUAAUGAUUAGUCAUUGUUUGAAAUGUGUGAUGCCAGUUUGGGAAGUCAACUGACUUUUUAUACGAGCAUUCCUGAUUCCAGAUUGUGUGAAUCAAGUAUUAAAAAUCACUGGAAAGUGAGCUGUACUGGAUUGAUGACCCAAAAUUACCACAAUUUCACAAAUGGUAACAAGUGAUGACAAGUGAUUUGUUUGAAUUGUGCAUUGAAAAUUAGAUAUGGUAAACUCAUGAAGGUUUAAAAGUUUAAACUAUUUUCAUGUUUUAAAUAUAGCUCAUAUCCGAAUUUGAUACGGGAACAGUCUUUAUGCAUGCAUGUUAAAAUUGCUGUCAGAGACUGAAGGAUGGCUCAAUGGGUUAUAAGAACAAAUGAAAGAAUGCACUGUAAAAUUCAGUCAUCUUUUUUUCUUCAGCAUUGCAUGAAUUAUAAUGCUUUUGAAUCUUUUGCUCCAUUUUAUUUUCUCUCCUCAAAUCCCAACUCAAUUUCCAAGUAUUAAUCGUCAAUCAAUGAGGUUGAAGUUCAAUUUUAUGAAAGUUUUGAGUAGAAGACCUUUUUUCGGGGAAGAGUAAAAUGGGUGAAGUAGAGCAUUCCAGCUUUUCACCACAAUUUUUCAAUAUUUUUGGGACAAUAGUUGCAAACCAGAUAAGUGCUUUCACCAUAUUCAGGUGUUGCAAAGAAUAUUGGUUAAGUUGUAAUAGAAAGCCUGUGUCAUUAUUGUUGCCAAUCAGCCAGAGUUACUGUGCUUCAAGCACAAACUGCUGCCAAGAAACAUCUUAGAAAACAAGUUGAGUAUAUUCCCUCAGUAAUAGAAAUUGUUCCUGUAACAAAAUAGAAUGGUUAAGUGAAAUGGCUUUAUGGCAAAUUGGCAUCCAAGUAUGAUAUUUGAAAUUAUAUGUCCAUUUGUGACAAAAGGAAUUGUUCAUAAAUGAGUUUCAAAAAUUUCAAUAGCUAGUAUUGCUAAUGUUUACAACUUGAUAAUAAGGGCUUACUAGAAGCUGCCAACUUGUAUGUAUAAUUGUUGCCCUUUUCAUGCUUUAGAAUAUCCGUCUGUUAGCUUUCCAAGUAUAAUGUUCACAUUUUUUUCAAAGCACAUGAGAAUCUAGUGUUUACUUGAUGGUAACAGCAAAGGGGUCCUUUUGUGUAACUUGUCAUUUGGUUUGUGCAAUGUAAACUUAAUAUUUUUCAUUCUAUGACAACAGCUAUUUCUCUUAACAGAGUAAAUAUGGUACAACUUCACAGCAAUAAAAACAUUAGACAUC